AUGAAAAUUCGGGUUUGCGAAUUGUGUAAUGGAGAUGCUGCAGUUUACUGUUCUUCAGAUUCUGCGUUUCUCUGCUGGAGCUGUGAUUCUAAGGUUCACCAGGCUAAUUUUCUCGUAGCUCGCCAUAUACGCCGGCAAGUUUGCUCGGAAUGCAAGGGGAUUAUCGGAGAAACCAUCGACGGCGUCGGUUUAUGUCGUUGUUUACCAGCAUCGGUGGGUGAUGAGUCUAAUGACCUAGUUUCGCUCUCAUCUUUAGAGUCUUCGAUUUGCGUUUCGAGCACUAUGGCAAAGAAAAAAGAAUACUCCAGUCGUCAGGAAACUUGUGGAUUUAACUCUUCUUCCUCCGGAAACGAAAGUUCCGGCGAGGUCACGUCAGAAAAUACUAUGAGAAUUCAAAGGGGAGCGUUGGACUUGAAGGUGAAGGGCAUUUUCAGCAAUUGGUGCUCGCGGCUUGAACUAAGCAGUGACGUUGCCGUACAGAUGGCUCGUUAUGCGCUGAGGAUAUGCUUGGAUCAUUGGAGGGUUUUGCCCUUCCGAGUUUGCCUGGCGGCUUCGAUGUGGCUCGGCUUGCGAUUCAAUGGGGCGCGAACUCGGCAAUCUUUGAAGCGACUGGAGGAAAUUUCUGGCGUGCCAGCUAAGCUUAUAGCUGCGGCAGAAUCGAAGCUUGAACGUUUGCUUAAAGCCAGAAGACAACAGCAUCGGCGCCAACAUCAGCUGGUAGAAGGCUGGGGUGAGUGUUAA